AUGGGUCUAAAGCGGCAAUUCGAUGGUGCCCAUAGGGCAAGCGAGGAGAAGAGAGCGGCGGCACCUUCGCACCAGAAUCCGAGCGCGAAACCGAACCCGAAGGCAAAGUCGACACCUUUGAAGAGGGCUACGGCGGAUGGAACGUUGAGCUGCGCAGAGUGUAGAAGGUUAAAGUUCAAGUGCGAUAGGAGGUGGCCUUGCAGCAAGUGCAGAGAGAGAAAUUGCGCUCAUCUUUGUCCCGACAACACUCUCGAGACACGCAAAGUGAGGACUUCUUCUGCCAAGUAUGUAUGCACUCUAGUAUCUGCUUUGCACCCGGCAAGACGCCGCUGCGUGGUCGGCACUGACUUUUCCACUUCAUUUCUUUUCUAGGACUGAUGACGCUCUCUUGCAACGGAUUGCGUUGCUGGAGAAGACGGUCGAGCGCUUUGUCGGCGGGACAGGCGAUGCUCGGCCUGCGGCAUACGGGGGCGUCAGUCAAGAUGCGCGACAAUCGACCACGCUUGCCUCCAACGCGUCGGCGCGUCCACCUUUGACUGGGCCAUAUAGUGCUGAUGAGGAGCGUAUGCAGCAUGCUGCUUUGCACUCGCUUGCCGAUGCGGCCAUUCAACCGAGAGAGAGCGCUGAAAGCUCCUACGCCACCUCGACCAUCAGCCCAAAUGGAGGGAUACCCACCUCAUGCCAGUCUGCUGGACCAGAGGCUCUGGAUAGCCGCGGUCGUGGAACGCUUGCUCUAUCGAGGGACGGCAGGACGUACUAUGUCGGUCCCAACGCUCAGAGCCUGUACUUUGCCCGCGACACUCAAAGACAAGAAGAAUCCGACGUGUAUACUCGACCUGGCAGUCCUGUGCCGCCAGUUGGUAAUGCGCUCGGAGCACGGGGCGAGCCCGUGGCGAGUCCGUACGAAAGUGAGUAAGACCAAACGCCGUUGGGUGUCAGAGCCGCGCAAACACUGACCGAGAAGACUGUGAAUGAACACUUUGCAAGAUGACCCAGGCUCGACGAUGAUUGGAACUUGGACGACACCUGGCAUUUGUUCGCCUCACUCUUCCUCUGCCAUCAUUGCACAUCUACGACCACAAUUGCCCAGCCGCGAGCAAGCCAAACAUCUGACGGACCUCUACUUUAUCAACAUGAUCAUGUGGGAGCCCAUCAGUCGUCAAGAGUACGACCAGAGCAUUUUCGACUUGUUCUACGCCAAUACAAGCGUCUCUUGCGCGCUCGAGGGGAACGUAGAAGUUGAUCGAACUGAUCAAUCAGCUCUUCAUCCUCAUCGUCUUGCUAUUCUCUUUGCUGUGUUAUCCAUAGGAACCAUCUUCGAUGUGCGGUCUGCUGCCGAGCCCGAAGCCAGUCGAGAGUACUACAGCUACAGCUGGGCAGCCCUCUCCCUUUCCAACGUUACCGAGGCUCCUUCUCUCGAGGCGCUCAUCGCGCUGCACCUCAUCGGUUUCUACCUCAAUUCCAGGAGAGGUGGUCGAUACGUCGAGAGCUACUGGGGCAUCAGCGGUCUGGCCAUGAGACUCGCUAUAGCCAUGGGUCUUCACCGCGAUCCCGGUACUUGGAAUCUGCCACAACCGCUCACCCAACGCAGACGCAGAGUAUUUUGGGAGCUGUGGUCUUUGGAUUGCUUCAGGGCUAUCGCCUUUUGUCGACCUCCUGCCCUCUUUGCUCACCAUAUGGACGUGGAAGCGCCGCAGCAGUGGGAUAUGGAUGAUCCCUUUAUCACGGCAAAUGGUGUCUUUCACGCCAUGAAGUGCAAAAUCAACAUCAUCAACAGCGGCAUGCUAGAUCAAUGCUUGUGUUCCAAUAAAGCAGAGUACACGUGAGUUGCCCAGAUUGGGCCUAAUGUCGGGGGUUUCAAGUCGCCACGUAAAAGAUCCCGAGCCUCACGUAAUCUUGCGUCUCGAAGCGAUAUUCUCAACUACGACGGACAGUUUCGUGCAUGGCUGGAUUCGACGCCGCCGCAAAUGCAGCCCACGGUAGUCAGACCCAAAGGCCCCAGUCGUGAAGACGAAGCAGCAUUUCUAGCAAAGGCUGAGCGCGACAAUGCCAGGAGAGAGGCAGAGAUGUCCAGCUCUCAGCCUGCUACGAUCGAGACGAUGCGCAAUGACUUGCAAGCACACGUCCACGUCUUCAACUGCCACCAGUCACUCCUGCUGCUGCACCGGGCUUGGUUCGCAAGGGAGCUGCACCGCCUAGAUCGAACGCAAGACGACAGCGCACACGCUUCAAAGGCAAGACAGUCAGACUCGGAUCCCCUCACCUCCCCAUGUGCCAAGUCCAUCACCACCGUGCUCGACGCAGGGGCCAGCAUCAUCGAGCUUGUUCGAUCGGCAUUUGUGCAGCAUACCUAUGCUGUCUUGCGACAGUACUACAUGUGGGUCGCAGCCUUCUCCGCAGCAGCGGUGCAGAGCUUGUGGGUGGUGCGCUGUCCUGGGCAUCCUCUGUCGAAAGCGGCGCUUUUGAGCCUCGAGCACGCAACCAAUCUCUUCACUGCGGGAGCUCGACUGCACGAAACGCUGUCGAAUCCCUUGAACACGCUGCGUCGACUACUGCGCAAGGCUGAUCUGGCCAUGGCUGUGGCUACUGGUAGCAUAGCCCUGCGCAAAGGAUCGCUGCGUGCAGUUCACGAUGGCCAAGAGGAGGAUGGCGAUAGUGGUCAUCGCACGCGAGGAACAAGCUCCAGCGAUGGGGAAGAUGGUGGUGAGCUCGACCUCGUUGGCGAAGAGACUAGGCUGCUGUCCGACCGUCGAGUUUCGGAUUCGAGGGCCGAUUAUAGCCAGCAACUUGGACUUCGAACGGGCGCAAGGCGCAUGCCGACUAGCAAGAUGGACGACGAAAGCAGCCGUAACGCUGGUAGAGGCUCCCUGCACGAGCUGGUUCCCACAGUGCCCAAAGGCGAUCCUCGCUCUGCGGUAGACACGAGUCAAGGUCUAGCGACCCUCGCUUAUCCGCUCGAAUCACUGCACUCUUCUGCUCAAGACCCCAAUUCUGGCGUUUCGUAUGCGCCCAUUGAUUUUGACGCGGAGAGCUUCGCGGGUCUGGACGAUGCUGGCCAGUUGCUGAACCUCCUUUCAAGCGGCUUGCCUUGGGACGGCUGGGACUUUCCCCAAGUUGGUGCGCAAUUUUGA